AAAUAUAUAUCAUAAAUACAACUCGUUCCGUUGAAGGACGUUAGCCAUUUGAAAGAUGAUAAUAUUAUCAUUAUUUUACUAAAACCCUAAAAAACCUGCCACUGCCCUUUCCCCCCUGCCCGGCUGCCCCUUCCUCCUCUCUAUCUUCCUUUUCUUGGGGACUGACCUCCAACCCUUUGCGAAGCUCUCCGAUAAUGGCAACUUUUCACCUCACAAAUCUAUCUUCUUCUUCUUCACUUCACCCUCAAUUUCAUCAUAAGACAUCCUUCUUUCCCUCCAAUUUUCCCUGGACUUGUUCCUCUUCUAAUGCCAAGCGGAAAUUCCCGUCUCGGAGACACCAUCUUGCUGUUGUGGGCUGCUCAUUUUCCCCUAUGGAGUCCGCUAAGAUUAAGGUUGUGGGAGUUGGUGGUGGCGGCAACAAUGCCGUUAAUCGCAUGAUUGGCAGUGGUUUGAAGGGUGUUGAUUUCUAUGCUAUAAAUACGGAUUCUCAAGCUCUACUACAGUCUGCUGCUGAGAAUCCACUUCAAAUUGGAGAGCUUCUGACGCGUGGUCUAGGUACUGGCGGGAAUCCACUUUUAGGAGAACAAGCGGCAGAAGAAUCAAAGGAAGCAAUAGCUGGUGCUCUCAAGGGCUCUGAUCUUGUGUUUAUAACGGCUGGUAUGGGUGGAGGCACUGGGUCUGGUGCAGCCCCUGUUGUUGCCCAGAUUUCCAAGGAGGCCGGUUACCUUACUGUUGGUGUUGUUACUUUUCCAUUCAGUUUUGAGGGAAGAAAACGAUCCUUGCAGGCACUGGAGGCCAUUGAAAAGUUGCAGAAAAAUGUUGACACUCUUAUAGUGAUCCCCAAUGAUCGGUUGCUUGACAUUGCCGAUGAACAGACACCUCUUCAAGAUGCUUUCCUUCUUGCUGAUGAUGUCCUACGUCAAGGAGUGCAAGGAAUUUCUGAUAUAAUUACGAUUCCAGGGCUGGUCAACGUGGAUUUUGCUGACGUGAAAGCCGUUAUGAAAGACUCAGGAACUGCAAUGCUCGGAGUUGGUGUUUCCUCUAGCAAAAACCGUGCAGAAGAAGCAGCUGAGCAAGCAACGUUGGCCCCUUUGAUUGGAUCCUCAAUUCAGUCAGCUACAGGUGUAGUUUAUAACAUCACUGGAGGAAAAGACAUAACUUUACAGGAAGUGAACAGAGUGUCUCAGGUUGUGACAAGUUUGGCAGAUCCAUCAGCAAACAUAAUAUUUGGAGCAGUUGUGGAUGAUAGGUACAGUGGAGAAAUCCAUGUAACUAUAAUUGCAACCGGGUUCUCUCAAUCCUUUCAAAAGACAUUGUUGGCUGAUCCCAGGGCAUCAAAACUUAUUGAUAAAGUGAGUGGAGGAGGUCAAGAAAAAAGUAGCAAGGCUUCUUCAACCCUUCCUCUUAACUUAUCACCUGCCGCUUCACCGGCAGUUCCUAAUCGAGGUCGAAGGCUCUUCUUUUAGCCAACAUUCCCAUUCUUGCAGUAUUUUCAGCUGCCUUAGAAGUGCCUCAUGAAUCUGUCUUGUAUAUGUUAUGUUCAUGCAAGUUUAGUUUAGCUGUUUCGACUUGAAUGACAACAGCCUUAACAAGCAUCACCUUCCUCUCCCUACUAGUGCUAAUUACAUUGAUUUGUAAUCAGCAAUUUUUCAUCACUUGAAUCAAGUAAUAGGUUCGUUGAUUUUGAUUGUGAA